AUGGAGGGGUUUUUGCUUGCCAAUGGCUACCAGCUGGGCAGGACGGUCGGGGAGGGGAUGUUCUCCAAAGUGAAAGAAGCUUUUUCACUAAAACACCAGAAGAAAGUGGCAAUUAAAAUAAUGGACAAGAAGGAAGGCCCGAAAGAUUUUAUUCACAAAUUCCUUCCCCGGGAGCUCCAGAUCGUCAUGCACUUGAAGCACAGGAACAUCAUCCACGUGCACGAGGUGCUGGAAUCCACAGAGGGGAAGAUCUUCCUGGUGAUGGAGCUGGCAGAGGACGGGGAUAUCUUUGACUACAUGGUCCGGGAGGGUCCCCUGCCCGAGCCCCAGGCCAAGGUGCUGUUCCGCCAGCUGGUGGAUGCCAUCCAGUACUGCCACAGCUGCGGGGUGGCCCAUCGGGACCUCAAGUGUGAGAACGCCCUGCUCCAGGGCCACACCUUGAAGCUGACGGAUUUUGGCUUCGCCAAGCUGCUCCCCAGGGACGGCAGGGACCUGAGCAGGACCUUCUGCGGCAGCACAGCCUACGUGGCACCCGAGGUGCUGCAGGGCCUGCCCCAUGACAGCUGCAAGGGCGACAUCUGGAGCAUGGGCACCAUCCUCUACAUCCUGCUCUGUGCCCGCAUGCCCUUCGACGACUCCGACAUCCCCAAGAUGAUGCUGCAGCAGCAGAAAGGUGUCUCCAUCCCCCGGCACCUGGGGGUCUCCGAGGAGUGCCAGAACCUCCUGAAAAUGCUCCUGGAGCCGGACAUGACCCUCAGACCCUCCAUUGAGGUGGUCAGCAGGCACCCAUGGCUGACUAACCCCUGA